UCUGUCUACACACUGCAACUGAAAGCCUGAUCCUUUUGGCAUCUCUCUCUCUUACUGCAGUUGAGAGUGGGAGUGGUGGAGGACUCUUUUCUCGGAAAUGGAUUCAUUCGUUUAUGCAGAGAGUAGGAGACGUUGCAUCGUCUUGCUUUACCUGUUUCUUGGUGUUUUUCUUGCAAAGAUCAGAUUUUGCUUUUGCGCUAAGGUUUAUGUAGUCUAUAUGGGAAGCAAAACUGGUGGAAACCCAAACGAGAUUCUGAGUCAGGACCAUGAAAUGCUUGCAUCUGUUCAUGGAGGAAGCAUCGAGCUAGCACAGGCAUCUCACGUUUACAGUUACAGACAUGGUUUCAGAGGCUUUGCUGCCAAGUUGACGGAAGACCAAGCUUUCCAGAUUUCUACGAUACCGGGAGUGGUUUCGGUGUUUCCCAAUUCGAAAAGAAGGCUACACACCACUCAUUCGUGGGAUUUCAUGGGUCUUGUGGGCGAGGAAACCAUGGAGAUUCCUGGGUACUCCACCAAGAACCAAGUCAACGUUAUUGUUGGUUUCAUUGAUACCGGAAUUUGGCCUGAAUCCCCAAGUUUUAGUGAUGAAGCCAUGCCUCCAGUGCCUUCCAGAUGGAAAGGGAAAUGCCAAUCGGGAGAGGCAUUCAAUGCUUCAUCUUGCAACAGGAAAGUGAUUGGAGCUAGAUACUAUAUGAGUGGCUACGAAGCAGAAGAAGAAUCAGGAAACAAAAUGUCAUUUAGAUCUCCGAGGGACAGCUCUGGUCAUGGAAGCCACACAGCCUCAACAGCUGCCGGUCGUUAUGUCGAAAAUAUGAAUUAUAAGGGGCUGGCAGCUGGAGGAGCUAGAGGUGGUGCACCUAUGACCAGGAUUGCAGUGUACAAGACGUGUUGGGAUUCCGGAUGCUAUGAUGUGGACUUACUGGCUGCCUUUGAUGAUGCAAUCAGAGAUGGGGUUCACAUCUUGUCUGUGUCUUUGGGUCCUGCUGCUCCCCAGGGUGACUAUUUCAUAGAUGCUAUUUCUUUGGGGUCAUUCCAUGCCACCGCUCAUGGAAUUUUGGUAGUUUCUUCGGCUGGAAAUGAAGGAAACCAAGGCUCUGCAACCAAUCUUGCACCAUGGAUGCUAACUGUUGCUGCUAGUUCAACAGAUAGAGAUUUUUCUUCCGAUAUCAUGCUAGGUGAUGGUACCAAUUUCACGGGUGAAAGUCUCAGUCUCUUUGAAAUGAAUGCCUCAGCGAGGAUCAUUUCUGCCUCCCAAGCCUAUGCUGGAUAUUUCACUCCUUAUCAAUCCAGUUACUGUUUGGAGAGUUCCUUGAAUAGCACCAAGGCCAGAGGGAAGGUCCUGGUCUGUCGACAUGCAGAGAGUUCGAUGGAGUCAAAGCUGGAAAAGAGUGUGGUAGUGAAAGAAGCUGGUGGAGUUGGCAUGAUACUUGUUGAUGAAGCAGAUAAGGAUGUUGCCAUCCCAUUUGUGAUACCUGCAGCUAUUGUUGGGAGGGAGAAAGUGGAUCAGAUCCUCUCUUAUAUUAAAAGCACACGGAAACCAGUGUCUAGAAUUUUCCAUGCAAAGACUACAUUGGGGUCUCAACCAGCACCCCGCGUUGCAGCAUUUUCUUCGAAAGGUCCCAAUGCCUUGACCCCAGAGAUUUUGAAGCCUGAUGUCACAGCUCCUGGAUUGAACAUCCUUGCAGCCUGGUCUCCAGCAAUUGGAAAACUGCAUUUCAACAUUCUUUCCGGUACUUCAAUGGCUUGCCCACAUGUAACAGGAAUUGCUACCUUGAUCAAAGCUGUUUAUCCUUCAUGGUCUCCAUCUGCUAUUAAAUCAGCCAUCAUGACAACUGCUACUAUUUUGGAUAAGAACGGCAAACCACUCAUAGUGGAUCCGGAAGGAAGAAGGGGUAAUGCAUUUGAUUAUGGCUCUGGGUUUGUGAACCCAACGAGAGUCCUUGAUCCAGGACUCGUCUAUGAUGCAAAACCAAGAGACUACAUAUCAUUUCUUUGUUCAAUUGGUUAUGACAAGAGGUCAUUACAUCUGGUUACAAGAGACAACAGUACAUGUCAUGGGGCCUUCAGAACACCAUCUUCCCUGAACUAUCCUUCUAUCACGGUGCCUAAUCUCAAGGACACCUUCUCAGUAACUCGAACUGUGACCAAUGUUGGGAAACCAAAAAGUAUAUAUAAUGCUUUAGUUUCUUCUCCCAGGGGAAUCAAUGUCACUGUCGUGCCAAAGCGAUUAAUCUUUGACCGGUUCGGCCAGAAGAUCAAGUUUACCGUGAAAUUCAAGGUGGCUGCUCCAUCAAAGGGAUAUGUUUUUGGGUUGUUGUCAUGGAGGAACAGAGACUCACUGGUUAGUAGCCCUCUGGUUGUCCGGGUUGCACCUUCAAACUUGGGGCUGAUGAGAUAACAGCAGUUGAAAGGGUUAGAGGUUAGGAGCUUUGAAAUGAAAGUGAAGAUCAUCUAUAUUCAUUGCUCGGAACAGAAAAAAAAAAAAGAGAAGAAGAUCGAUAUUCAUUAUAGCCUAGAAUGAUCGGCCUGGAGAUGGUUGGUUUAUGGAAUUUCCGGUAAUCUGUUAAACUAGCGACAUGCCAGCAUAUGAAACGAGAUAUAUAUUUUAUUUUUGUCCUAUCCGCGCAAUAUGUAUCUGGUGGUGCCUUGGCUCCUCUUUUGCUUAUCAAAUGUAAAUCUCGAUGGACCUUGAUGGCAUCAAUUGUUAUCAUUUUGAGCCUCAA